GUUCGUUUCCGCGCGUCCCCUUCAUUUCUCCUGCGCCAGUUUCGAUUCUGAGGGCUCAGCCCGGCUCUCCUGAGGGCAGCCCCGCAAUGGAAGCCAGCCAGACCCUCCGCGACCGCAGGGCUUGGCCAGGAGGGCCCGGCGGGGCCGCCGAGGAGGAGCCGGGCCCGGUGACACCGCCCCGGGAGGCCGCGGAGGGACGGCCCGAGAAGAGCGGCCCGGGACGGGUUAAACAGGCCGGGCCUAGGGCUGCGGGGGCCGAAGCGCGGCCCAUGGCCCGGGACGGGUUCCCCUGGGCUCCCCGAAGUCUGCUGGAGGUGGUGGCCGUGCUGGCCGGGCUGGCGGCGCUCGGGGGGCUCGCUGUUGCCUUCUACAUUGAAGUGGUCAUGGGACAAAAUAUGUGUCCUAAGGAGGUGGAAAACUAUGUGGCAUCCAUGGUGCUGAGUGCAGUUGGUGACACGCUGGGAUAUUACAACGGGAGAUGGGAGUUCCAGCAGAGUGGCUCAGUCAUUCACAAGGAGCUGGCAGAGAAGGGGGGACUGGGCAACUUCAGCAUUCAAGGCUGGAGAGUCAGUGAUGACACCGUGAUGCACUUGGCCACGGCCGAAGCGCUGGUAGCUGCGGGGAAAAACCCACACUUACAACAUCUCUACUUUCUGCUUGCAAGGAACUACAAGGAGUGCAUGAAUGACAUGGAGGGCAGGGCUCCAGGUGCCAUGUCUGUGGAAAGCACCAUGAAGCUGGAUCCGGAGCAGCCGAACGGCUGGCGGGUCCCGUUCAACCCGCGGGCAGGAGGCUGCGGGGCCGCCAUGCGCGCCAUGUGCAUCGGGCUGCGCUUCUACCGCCCCGACCAGCUGGACACCCUGGUGAAAGUCAGCAUCGAGAGCGGCCGCAUGACCCACCACCACCCCACCGGCUACCUGGGGGCCCUGGCCUCAGCCCUCUUCACGGCUUACGCAGUCAACAGCGUGCCCCCCGUGGCCUGGGGGAAGAGGCUGAUAGAGGUGCUGCCACAGGCAAAAGCCUACGUGCAGGAGUCUGACUUCUACGUGAAGGAGAACAUGGAGCAAUGGUAUUACUUUGAAGAGCAGUGGAAAAAAUACCUGGCGGAGAGAGGCAUCUCGGACGGGGUCUCGUCGCCCGAGUUCCCGCCCAAGUACGGCGUGGAGGAGAGAGACGCGUUCUACACCUCCCUGAGCUACAGCGGCUGGGGGGGCAGCAGCGGGCACGACGCGCCCAUGAUCGCCUACGACGCCCUGCUGGGUGCGGGGGAUUCCUGGACAGAGCUGGCUGACCGCGCCUUCUUCCACGGGGGCGACAGCGACUCCACGGCUGCCAUCGCCGCCAGCUGGUGGGGCGUCAUUCACGGCUUCCAGGGGGUUCCUUCCUCCCUCUACACCCACCUGGAGUACAAGGACCGCCUGGAGAAGGUAGCCAAGGACUUGUAUAGCAUCAUCUAGGCAGGAGAUGGCAGGGACGCUUACCCAGCGGCUGUCUCGUGCUGUCUUGCGUGGUUUGCAAACCCCCCCAGAUUAAACCUUGUGAAUGUAAGCCAGA